CUCCAAUGCACAUUACUAUUUUAUAACUACUCUAAUUUAUCUUUUUAGAUUGAGCUAAAAAACUUGAAAACGCCAUGAAUGAAAGACAGGUACCAAGUUUUCUAUUUACAAGAACUGACACGAACUCCUUUUUCAGCUCUAUGAGCUCGAGCUCGAGCUCGGUGGGGAUGGGCAAUACUCUUUGUUCGAUGGUGACAACAUUAAUUAGUGAUCUUAUUGAUUUGAUAUUCACAAUCUCUGGCUGUUGCUUUGGUCUCCACCGUCCACGAAAGUCUUUCUCUUACAAAUUCAACGACGUCGUUCGACUUGCAAACAACUCUCUCUUUAGUGUUAACGAAAUUGAGGCCUUGCGUGAACUGUUCAACAAAUUAAGUAACUCGAUCAUUAACGAUGGCCUAAUUCAUAAGGAAGAGCUUAGAUUAGCAAUAUUCAAAACUGCUGCUGGUGAAAACCUUUUUGUGGAUAGAGUCUUUGAUGUUUUUGAUGAGAAGAAGAAUGGUGUCAUUGAAUUUGAGGAAUUUGUCUAUGCACUUAGCAUAUUUCAUCCUAGUGCCCCUCUCGUGGACAAGAUUGAUUUCGCAUUUAGGUUGUAUGAUUUGAGGCAAACUGGAUUUAUCGAACGGGAAGAAGUGAGGCAAAUGGUAGUGGCAACAUUGUUCGAAUCUCAUAUACAAGUAUCAGAUGAAACUGUUGAAGCUAUCCUUGAUAAGACAUUUGCAGAUGUUGAUAUUGAUAAUGAUGGUAAAAUAAACAAGGAUGAAUGGCAAGCAUUUGUUAUUAGUCAACCAAAACUCCUCAAUAACAUGACACUAUAUCAAUUAAAAGAUAUUACCACUGUGUUUCCAAGCUUCGUUUUCAACACUCAAGUUGAUGAUGACUGAAAAAGUAUAGUUCAUACUUUUAAAUUAAUUUCUAUAUGAUUGUAAUAGUUUACAAAUAAUUUCCACCAGCAAAACUAGGAAAAUCACCAAUUAUUCUUUAA